ACCUGCGCCACCAGCGCCCACGGCGCCCACCCCUCUGCAUCCCGCUACUCCACGGCGGCGCUGCAGGCCGCCAUCGACGCCUGCUCCGCGAGCUGCGGCACGGUGGUGGUGGAUGUGCCGGGCGCUUACCUCACCGCCUCCCUGCUCCUCUCCGGCUGCGUGCACCUGCACCUGCCGGCCGGCGUCACCCUGCUGGCAGGCACACGGCGGCGCGACUACGGCCCCACCCAGCCCGACUGGUACCUCCUGCGCUUUGCAAACUGCACGGGCUGCAGGCUGAGCGGCGGCGGCACGGUGGAUGGCAGGGCCCGGCUGUGGGUGGAGCCUGCAGGGGGCGAGCGGCACCCACGGCAUGAGGAGGAGCAGCAGCAGCAGCAACGCUGCCUGCCUGCCUGGUGCAGGCCGCGCCUGGUGGGAGUGGUGGACUCUGCCGAUGUCUCCAUCACCGGCGUCACGCUGACAGACCCCGUCUACUGGUGCCUGCACGUGCUGCGCAGCGGCGGCGUGCGCAUUAGCGGCGUGCGCAUCCGGGGCGACUGGGACAUACCCAACAAUGAUGGCAUCGACGUGGACGGCAGCCGCCACGUCAGCAUCUCCCACGCUGACGUGGACACAGCCGACGACACCGUGUGCCUCAAGACCACGGCAGCCGGCUUCCCGCUGGAACAUGUCUCGGUCACCGACUGCAGGCUCCGCUCCCGCUCCUCGGCGAUCAAGCUGGGCAGCGAGAGCCGGGCCGACAUGCGGCACCUGCGCUUUGCCAGGCUGGCAAUCGCCGACUCCCACCGAGGCCUGGCCAUCCAGCUGAGGGACGGCGGCAGCAUCAGCGACGUGCGGUUUGAGGGCAUCACCAUCGCCACACGUUACUACCACCCCAGCUGGUGGGGUGCUGCAGAGCCCAUCUAUGUCACGGCGCUGCCGCGGGCGCCAGGCAUGCAGGUGGGGUCGGUUGCUGAUGUCACCUUCUCCAACAUUUCCGCCACUGCUGAGAACGGGAUCUUCCUGUCCGGCGGGCCCCUGCGCAGUCUGCGCGGCAUCCGUAUGGAGAGGGUGAGUGUGCGGCUCCGCCAGCGCAGCCGCUUUGCUGGGGGCUGCCAGGAUUACCGCCCC